UUCCGCUGCCAGUACGCCGGCUGCCCGGCGCGCUUCCAGCGCAACCACGAUCUCAAGCGCCACCAGCGUGGGCAUCUGGCCACGCGGCCGUUUGCAUGCAGCUGCGGCAAGAGCUUCAGCCGCAAGGAUGCGCUGAAGCGACACAUGCUUGUCAAG